UGGCCAAACGAACAGGCCCUUAGGCUCCAUCGAUGGGCAGGAGAGCUGUGAUUGAAACAAUUCCAGAACCUGAUGUAGCUACUGAUGAUGCAAACGGUGAAUCUUCCGCUGAUGCUCGGGCACCGUUGACAUCAGCACAAAGGCUUGCUGCCUCUUCAGCGGUAUUUACUGAAGUUUCACCUGAUCCAUUUGGGAGAGAAGCUAAACACUUCACAGAGAUUCGGGUUUUAAACAGAGAUGUCCGUAUUGUAUUGGAGGGUGUGGACAAAUUCAACAAUCUGAUUGGUUCAAUAAUUUAUGCUGAUGGUGAUACUCCGAAGGACCUGGCAUUGGAGCUCGUAGAAAAUGUAUGUUCAUGAUUUUGUUUCAUCCUA